AUGGGGCCGAUGGGCCGUGUAUCGGCUGCGGCGGCGCUGGCGGAGGGGCGGAGGCAGCGGGAGGCCGCUCUCAGGAAAGCCCGGCGGCAGGAGCAGCUGGUCAGCAAAAGGCUUCUGCGGGAGGAGAGCGCAGCAGCGGAGGGUGUACAGGAUGGAGGGAUCAUGCCAGGCCCUCUCUCGGAGGAUGAGGUUCUUGAGCUGCUCAGAGGGGUGCAGAGGGGUUCAGAGGACAGGAAAAGGUCACUCAGCCGCCUCCACUUGGCUCUGCAGAACCAGGAGACUCAGCAGAAGUUUGUCAGGAUGGACGGCAGCAUCCAGACGCUCAUUGGCUCUUCACCAGCAGCCUAGCGGACAUGCAGAUGGGAGGCAGCCCGCUGUCUCCAUGAGCUUUCCCACUCCAGUGACCCGAUGGUGCCGAGGCCUGUCCUGCCGCUGACCUCCUAUCUCCUCACCUACCUCUCAGGACACAGCGUUGAGUUCACGGAGCUGUGUUUGUAUACGCUGGGGAACCUCGUUGUGGGAAGUGAAGCUGUGAGGAAGCGGCUUCUGCCUCAGGGCAUCAUUCCAGUGCUGGCAUCCUGCAUCCAGUCCCCGCAUGAGGCGGUGCUGGAAGGCCUGGGCUACGUCCUCUCGCAGCUCCUCCAAGCCAAGGAAGCUCCUGCAGAGAUCAUACCCCUGGUUCUGGACUCGGCUCUGCCUCAGCACAUGCUUCGACUGGUUUGUUCAGGCCUCAAGUCUGGAACGGGAGCAGCUGUGGAGUUUGCAUGGAGUCUCCACUACAUGGUUUGUAGCCACACAGCCAACGAGGCGUUGCUGUCGCUGGGAGCUGUGCCUGCCCUCACCUUGCUCCUGCUCGACCUUGGCUGCCACAAUCCAGAUACUACUGAGGGCCUGGAGCUGCUCAUCUGCCCAGUGCUGCGCUGCCUCGGCAACCUGCUGGCGGGGGAGACAGGUUGCGAAGCACAGAUCCAGGACGAGCGCCUGCUCAUCGCCCUCUUCCUCAUCAUGGAGCACUUCCUCCGGGAGCACCCGUUCAUCGUGCAGGAGGGGCUCUGGCUGCUGGAACAACCUCACAGCAGACAGCCCUUCUUCUGCUCCGCUCUGCUCUCCCUGGACCCUCCGGCUGUACUGCAGCUCCUGCAGUGUUCCCAGAUGGCCACUGUGUUGGCCCUGACAGUGCUGUGCAACCUCGCGGCGAGGGGCCCGGCUCACUGCCAGCAGCUGCACCAGCACCUGCUGCUGCCCCAGCUGCUGCCCGUCCUGGCACUGCCCGACCCUGAGGCGGUGGGGCAGAGCCUGGAGCUGCUGCACCUCCUCUUCCUGCACUGCCCAGAGGCUGCUGCCGACUUCGUCAGGCAAGGUGGGCACUGGGCCCUGGAACGACACCGGAGCAGCCCUGCACUCCAGAAGCGGGCACAAGCUCUGCUGGACAUGGUGGGACAGCUGGCGGGAGCCUCUGCCUUUCCUCCUGCCUACACCACACUGCCUGCCUUCUCCUAGGCUGUACAGUAUCCCUCCCCUCCCGCUGUGCUCUGCCUGUUGGUCCUGCUUUCCCAAAGGUUAAAAGAUCUGGCCACCAGUGCCGGCUGCAUGGGACGCUGGUCCUUGGCAAAAUCCAGCUGCUCCCAU